UGUGUCGGGCCCUGGGCUGAGGGUGGGAAGGUGCUUGUGGUCCCCAUGGAGGGGAGCCACUGGCUCAGCAUGCAGAAGGCCGUGAAGGAGCUCCACGCCAGGGGUCACCAAAUAGUGGUCCUUGCACCAGAAGUGACCGUGCAUAUCAAAAGAGAAGACUUUUUCACCCUGAAAACCUAUGCCGUUCCAUACACCCAGGAUGAAUAUGAACAGCAAUUACUCGGCCAGGUUAACCUGAUUUUUGAAAAAGUACAUUUUCUAAAAAUGUAUUUAAAUGUAAUGGCAAUUUCGAAAAAUAUUUCUUUGUUCUUUGAAAAGACUUGUGUGGCGCUGUUGUAUAACAAGGACUUGAUCGGGAAUCUGAAUGCCAGUGCCUUUGAUGUGGUUUUAACGGAUCCUGUCUACCCCUGUGGAGCAGUGCUGGCUCAGUACCUAUCGGUUCCUGCUGUGUUUUUUUUAAAUUUCCUUCCAUGUGACCUGGAUUAUGAGGCCACACAGUGCCCAAACCCUUCUUCUUAUAUUCCUACGUUAUUUACUAGGAAUUCAGACCACAUGACAUUCCUGCAAAGAGUCAAGAACAUGAUCUACCCUGUCAGUAUGAAGUAUAUUUGCGACAUUACAUUUUCACCUUACUCAAGGCUGGCCUCUGAGCUUCUUCAGAGACAGGUGUCGCUGGUGGAUAUUUUCAGCUAUUCAUCCAUGUGGCUGUUCAGAGGAGACUUUGUGUUGAACUACCCCAGGCCGAUCAUGCCCAACAUGGUCUUUAUUGGGGGCAUAAACUGUGCCGACAGGAAGCCGUUACUUCAG